AUGCCGGUUAGUAGCAGGCGAUUCUGCCCCUAUUUCGCCCCCAAAAAUGCACAGAGAAUGCCCAAAUAACUACCAUAAUCUAGUAUAAUACUUACUUCACUAGUUUCGGGGUUAAUAUUGUGUAUUGUCGCAGUGUUAACACGAGAACAAUCAUGACUUAGCUCUUCCUUAGAAACUCCACCAGCACUUUCACUUUCAAACAGGCACUGUCUCCAUGUUUUAUGAGGAUAGAUCUCCUCGAGAAACGUUGGUGUUUGAUUUCAGAAAGUAUUGGUCGGACCAUGUAGUAUAGAUGGUUGAUUGUAGAUUAAGAUCGGUUAUUCGAGAUGUCCUUAGGACGAACUGAAAAAUCUCCAAAGGGUAAACAGCCUUCUGCAAUGAACAAUGCUCCUUUCCAAGGCACCAGUAUUUCCUAUUUAUUAAGUCUUUUACUUCGUGUAUAACAAUCAUACAAGAAAACGGCGGCUAGCUUGACAACGUAAGGGUACAGUUUCUUGUAAAGUACCUUUCAUCAGGAAAUUUUUAGAUUAUUAGCGAGUAAAUGUUAGUCUGAGUAAUUUAGAUCCUCGUUCAAGAUGGUGAAGUUAUCGUGGGAAAUGUGCUUAGUUGGUAUAUGAAGAACUUUUUGUGAAAUUUGCAAACUGGGGACAAUCAAGGUGCUUGUCAGUGAAGGCAUAAGAAUCACUGCCAAUUUUAAUCCUUUGGGCACCUUUCAAAACUAUUGGUACUGUCUGUUAUUCUGGAUCUUACUUUUGUUAUGAAUUGGUUCUUUAGUUGUUCAAGGAUCUUUUGCAUCCCUCUGUGGAGGAAGAGAAGCGGAAGCACAAACUCAAACGGCUUGUGCAAAGUCCAAACAGCUACUUCAUGGAUGUGAAGUGUCCAGGUGAAGUCAUUUGCAAGUAGUGAUGUAGAGUGAUAAAUUUAUGGUAAAGGUAACCAGGUAACAGUAGGAAAUAAAAUGACUGAAGAAGAAGUAAGAGAUUGCAAUGAUCAAUGAAAUGGUAGUAUUUAUUCAGAGGUCUCAAGCCUCAAGCAGUGAGUGUGAGACUUGCACAAACAGAUUCAAUCUCAUGCUGAAACUAAUAUUUCUCAGGCAUUAACACUAUGGCUGGGAAAUGCGUCUUGACAAAAAGGUGUAGCUUGAUAAUCUUGUGACUUAUAUACUGUUUUGUUCGGUAAAAAAAAAGUGCAGUUGGUUUUAACAAUGCAUUUAUUGGAAUCUGAGCCACCAAAGUAAUAAAAUAGAAAUCAGGAGGCUAACCUAAAACAGCACAUUUUAAAGGUUUUCAUUCCCAUUGAACAAUGGCAAAAAUAAAACAAUUAAAUCUUAACGUUUUUGUUGGUCGGUGAUGUUGAGGUGACCAGUGUUAAAUGUCAAAUGAAAUUUUGGUCUUCAAGCACCUUUUAAUGCUCACAAAAAAAGCAGGUCUGGUAACCAGUAGGUUUCUGCUGCCUAUUGGUUUCUUAUGACAACCUUGUGAAGGAAUUGAAAACUUUAUAAAAUUGGUAUUAAAAAGGUUUGGGAAAAUGGACUUUUGUAUGUUUGAAAAGCCCUUCAAAUGCACUGAUUAUGUUUCAUUUCUUGAAUGGUCCAGGUUUCAGAACAUGCGCAGUAAACUGUUAACCCCUGACCAAAGUCACAGUAUACAUCUUUAGGGACUAAAUUUCUGUUUUUAGUUGGAGCCUGUACAGAGUUUAGUAAUAAUCAUCUUAUUUUUCCACAGGUUGCUACAAAAUCACAACUGUGUUCAGCCAUGCCCAGACAGUUGUUCUGUGUGUGUCAUGUUCUAUGGUGCUCUGUCAGCCUACAGGAGGGAGAGCAAGACUCACAGAAGGUUAGAAUGAACAUUGAACAUUAGCUGUAAUUAUAGACAGAAAUUGUCAUCAUAUGACCUCAUGAAAAACAUUGAUGGAAAAAUCCUAAGUUCAUGGUUAACCAGGCAAACAGUGCUGAAAAAAAAAAAAGAAAAAAAAAAAAAAAAAAAGCUGCACAACCGUGUCAGAUGUAAGCUGAAAGAAGGAAGGAAGAAAUACUUUAUCCGAGAGAGAGAGAGAGAGAGGUCAUGAUGGAAAAAAAUAUUUGGCUCUUGGUCAUGAAGAAUAGACCUUGUGCAAAAUAUAUUCAUGUCAAGCCUUUCUAACUAGUCAUUAAGUGCAUAUUAAGUCCAUAAAUAGUUUGGUUAGAGGUCUGCAUGUGAAGCCUUAAAAGUUGCAAACUCUAAAUGAACCACUGGGUAUUCAGAUUCAGUGUUAAUUAUUGCAAUGCUACAUAGAACUCUAGGAAAAUAUGUAAAAAAAUGGCAAUAGUUGAAAGGGGAUUAGAUGGGUAAAACUGGACCAGAAGUGCUAUCUCUUGGUUAACUAAACGCACUUGUCUGGUAUUUUCUUAGCUCAUUAUUAUUGGAAUGUCAGUGUGUUAUGUUUUGAGACCAUCCUUGGUUAUCUUACCUCAUUUGAAACCAGCCUUUACUGUUUCAUCACCAACAGAAUUAAAUGGUAUAAUAAGGAAAUAAUUGUUUCUUUUACUCCAAGGAUUUAAGAGCUCCACAGAAUUCUCUUAACUGAUGGCAAGGAUUUUUUUUUUAGUUGUCUUACUCAGAGAAUUCUAAACUUCAUUGACACAUUCUUUUAUUGUUUAUCUCCUUAAUUCUCCAAAUUCUAAUGGGUAUAUUAGAUAAAAGAGUGAAAUUGUAGUGGGUUACUCUGGGGUCUUUUGGGAAUCAAACAUCUUUUCACCUGGGGGUAUUAAUGGGUAACCACAAACUUUAAGGUAAACUGGAAAAUUGCUGAGCUCUAAAGAUGACCAUGACAUCCAAAAAGAGUGGACACACUGGCAGUUAAGGGCCGCCUGGCCUGAACCCCUUUACUCCCAAUGUCUCAUUAGUGAUUCGCUUUUCUAUCUACCAUACAAUUCCUGAUAUUAUUGUGGCAAAUUUGGUCUUGGAUCAGCUAUAAAUCUCCUAACUGAUAUUUUCUUCAUUCCCAUCUCUUGUUUGCUUGAUAUUGUAUUGAUAUUGUAAGGAGAAAAUCUUUCUCAGUCACUUAUGGGAUUUGAAGGGUUACAAGGCUAAUACCUGUAACUUAAGCAUUUGUCUUUGUUGUUGGGCUGCUUGAUUUUAAUGUCUGUUCCACUGUUUGUUUAUUUUUAUUUUAGGUUGCUCCUUCAGGAGGAAACAGAAUUGAAUUCCUCUUCAAAGAAUAUUGCAGAAUUAGGAAAAAGCACCUUUAAAUCAACACUGAUUUAAGUCUCUUUUUUUAUUAGCUUAAUUAACAACAAAUCUCUUGUUGGAGCUUCCUGUUUUCAGAAGUAAUGUAGGUGUUUAGACCAAAGGAACUGUUAGUGUUACUACACUUUAAGUUGGGUGGAGUUGAGAAGGGUUAAGUUUUGUUCACUGGUAAGAACAGCGGUGUCGUUGCUCAGACAGAAAUGAUCUUGCCGCUGACAUUGCCUCUGUAAAUAAAUAAAGUCAGUGUUGAUUUAUGUCGUGGUGUGUUUCUUGUUCUUAUUGUCAGUAGCAUCCUGCCUGAUAGCUAGAGGCAAGUGUAGAAGCCCAAGGUUUGCAACCUUGUUCCUCUUAUUGCCAAUUAAGUGUCAGCAGAUAUGUAGCUAUUAUCAUCUUGAUUGCCACUCUUGGGUUUCUUAGGCCGGGAUGUGUUGCACUACUGCAUUGUCGACCUAAGAUUAAAAUUGUCAUAUUUGGGAAUCAUUUUAGACCGUCUAAACGAGAAAUUCCUGAG